AUCGGCUAGGUAGCAAACUUGGUUAGUUACAGAGUUGGGUCUCUUAGACGCUGUUCGGAGUCUGGGCCCGCAGGCCAGGUCCCAGGCGGUGUAAGGUGAUGAGGGGUGCGACUCCUCUGGCACUGGAGUGUGUGCGACAAAAAUACAGUUUCAACAGUAUUAUAAGCUUUGGUAACUAGAAACGUGUGGAAUUUGCAACUCAACUGCUGUUCAUCCGUCGAGCCAACCCCUAACCCCCACCCAUGGCUGCCUCCGAAGACCGCUGCUGGAUCUGCCUUUCUGGCUCCGAGGCUGGGCAGCUCGAGCGUCCCUGCGCAUGCCCCCGAUUUGUGCACCGUGUCUGCCUGGGGCGCUGGCAACUGCAAAGCGCCGGUUGCAGUGAUGAGGUGUCCCGCUGCCGCUUCUGUGACCAACUGCUCCCGGCCCUGGAGGACAUCCUGGCACCCAAGCAUCUGCGUGACUCGGCGCAGCAAGCCACCCCCUACAUGGCUGUCAUUUGCAACGGAGUGUACCACAAGGUCCCCGUCAAGCCGGGCGUCGAGGGACAGGCGGAGUUCCGUGCACGGGUCAACUGCCUGUUCGGCAUGCCGUACGACUCAGACUUCCAGGUGUCGUUCGAGUGUGUGGCACCCACCACUGGCGAGCUGCUGAACCUCCGGGGAAUGAACUGCUUCAACGCAGCGGCCUCAUGCGCCGCCAUCAGCGCCGCCAAGCGUGCUGCGGGAAAGGAGGGCUACUUUAAAUGGAGCGAGGCAUGAUGCCUUGAUACGUCAAUACAAGGCGCCUGGGAUGGUGACUCGUCCCGGACUAUGUGUUUCGCUUGAAACUGGGCUCAUUGUUGAUGCAUGGAAUGGCGGAUACAUCAUACAUGUGCGUAGAUCAUUCCAUUCAGUGCGUGUGUGUGCAUUGGUUGCCUUCUUACGUGGUCUGGUCUCAGCGGCCUGUUUAGCUUCUUUAGGGAUAGGUAUAGCUGGGCGUGAUGAAGCAGGUAGCAUUAUCACUGAAAUGUCGUGAGCGUUUCGUGAGGGUUUACGCGCCAAAGUCGUACUGUGGUAGGCGAAGUUGCGAUUCAACACUUUGUUGUAAGGAAUGCAACAUGUAUCAGCAGGUCUUCAAGGGCAUCGAUCUAGC